AUGCACCCGCCCCCAAAACGGAGCCGAGGAGCCGGCACGCCGCCCUCUCCCUCCAUCCCGUGGGCCGCAGCCGCCGCUCUUCACCCCCGCCGCUCCUCACCCCGGCCGCCACGGCCCGGAGAGGUGCCCGAGGGGGGCGGCUUCCCGGUCCGCCUCGGGCGCGAGCUCGGCCCCGGCAUCCCCCGCCCGAAAACCCCCCCAAAAAAGAGCCCGCAGCGGGCUUCCUUUCCCCGCAGGACCGCCCCCCGGCCCGGCGCGGGGGGGGGGGGUGGCCGGCCGCACCCCGGAGCUCACCUGCCUCCCGGUGCAGGGCAGCCGGCCGGCCGCAGUCGGUGCCCGAUUCCGUCCACACGCGGCGUCUUCCGGCUCCCACCGGAAGCGGCCCGGGCGCGGGACAGGAAGUUUGGCCGCUUCCCGCGAACUCUGUGCGGGCGCUGCCCGGGGGCGGAGGGCCGGAGCCGCGGCCGUCGGGAGGGCUCCGCGCCCCCCACGCGGGGCUCGGCGGCGGCCCAGGAACUGCGGCCCCCCUCCCGCCCCCCGCCCCUCGGCCUGCCCGGGCCGCCGGCGGGUCAGCGCCCGCGGUCCGUGACGUCACCGCCCUCCUUCCUGCGGCGGGGCCCGAGGGCGGCUUCCCGCGGGCCGAGCCGUGGUCCCCGCGACCCCGCGAGGAAGCAGGGACGCCGCUGCGGCGCUGGGAGAGCUCACCGAGGACCUGCCGUCCCGCCGCGCGCGAGACAGGGGUACGGACCCGCUCACUGGCGCGCAGAGGGGCCCCGGGCGGCCUGA